GACAUUGUUUGGGUAUUAUUUGCGGCUUUUCUUGCAGGCUUUGAGAGAGUUUCUGUGAAGAGCUACUUUUAAAACAUAUCGCUGUAGAAAACUAAUGGCUUUCCCUCUUCCCGUUUGGCUUGCGGUCCAGGAAGAGCUCCUGGCACAAAGCGAGGCAGACUGCGGAGCUCCAAGGUGUUUCGAUACUUUCGACGAUAAAGCUUUGUUCCAGUUGUUCCACCUCAACAGACCCUGCAUCCUGUUCAUCACAGACGCUGUCCGCCACCGCAUGAAGGACGCCGUUUCGAGGAACUCUCAGCUGUCCGUGGACGAGAUGGUCAUGGUGGCGCUCAAUUAUUACGCACACGGAGUCUCCACCGCUGCCGUCCUGCAGAAAGCUGGACUGAGUCAGACGGAUUGCCCCACGACUAUUGUUGGCACAAUCUCGGGAGUCAUAGCAGGGAUGUCCGAUGUAUUCAUCUCAUUUCCGCUCACCUGGGACGCCAGAACCAAUGUCGCCUUAAAUAUAGAGAAAUUCUGCGGAAUCCCAAACGUGCUGGGCGUUCUGGCUCCAGCGCACUUCAAGAUCAGAACUUCUCCAUAUGAAAAGGACACCUUCAGGUCUUUUGUCAACGCACUGGGUUACACAUCCGUUGUGAGCCAGAUCAUGUGUGACUGUGAUGGCAACAUACUGAGUGUUGAAAAAUGCUGUGUUGGUAGCACGUUUGAGCAGGACAUGUGGGACUCCUCUUUUAAGGGAACGGAAAUUCAGGAGGACUUGCACGGCCCAUUUUGGGUGAUUGGUGGGAAAGGCUACCGUUUAAGCAAGCAUGUCUUGACUCCUGUAUUCGAACCUGCGAACGACAAUGAGAUCCGCUUCAACGAGGCUCACGCAAAGAUCCUCGAUGUCAUGCAGACGACACUUGAUUCCAUGAAGAGGCGUUUCAAGUGUCUGAUGCAACUUGGUUUCGCACAAGAAGGCUCACUUAACAAACAAUCUAACAUUAUUAAAGCGUGUAGUGUGCUGCACAACAUUGCUAAAAAGUUCUCUGUCUCUCCCCCACCCGAAGCUGCUAAAAUUGAGCCUCUCUAUCCAGGCAAGCAGCACUCAGUGCCAGUAGAGAUCAACCAUGAGGCCCUAAAAGCCAGGCAGGAACUUAUUGAGAGUAAAUUCUCUAUUGUGUCCAGCUGUCAGGACCCCUCAGGUAGCAACAUUACAGAAGAGGAUGCGUAAAUGGUUGUUGUCUGGGACCUGUACUACGAAGCAAGUUCAACAUACCCAGGGUGUCUUUCCAUUAUCUGGAUUCACUUAUAUACCAUUCCCUAACACUGAUGAUCAGAAAGAGCUGUCACAUGAGGCUGGUUAUCACCUUGUUAAGUUAACCCAGGAUUUCUCCUGCACAUUAACAUGAAAGGGGCGGUGUUGGCAGCAUCUAACCAAUCUAAAAGGGGUGUUUGACAGUUCAUCUGACUUUUCUUCCACAGAAAAUGAUCCCUAUGAGUACCACCAGCUCCAGAGAUGUUAUCAAAUGGUAAUCAAAUAAUCUAUAAAAAACAUAAAAUGUUCACCAGUAAAAUGCAACAGUUGUAAAAAGCACAGGAGAUGAAUGCUGCAGAAAAUUGUUAAUCUGGUAAUCAACAAUCUGCAUCCAUAAAAAAUAUUAAGCGCAAUUUACAUUGCACUUAAUACAUUCUGUGAAUAAAAUAAUCCGUGAAAAUGUGGCACUUCCAGAUGAUUGUAAACCGAAACUCAGAACAUAACCUGCUCCCGAGUUUUAGUUUUUCUUCUCUCAGCUGCGGACUCGGUGCCGUUCAAGGGUUUGAGAGGGACGAUUAAAUAUAAAAACAGAAUUCAAACAUGGGGUUAGUCUACAUGCAAAUUGGGAUCAUAUAUAAUCAUCAUGUAUUAAUGCUUAUCCAGGUAACCCUGAAGUUACCUGGAUAAGAUGAAAUCCUGCUUUGUACCACAGUCCUCUGUGAAGAAGAUCAAUGACAAACUGGGGAAAAAAAAAAACAGUUUUUAUAUUUUUGUGAAUGAAAAAUAUUUAUAAAUUCUACCUGCGUAUUAUUA